AUGAAGUUCGGAAAGAGCAUCUGCGUACUUAACGUAGGGGGAACCCGGUACGCCUUCACCAGUGAGGUGAUUAGGGAUUUCCCUCUCCGGCGCGUCAGUCGUCUGCAUGCCUGCGCAACCGAGAAAGAGGUUCUUGAACUGUGCGAUGACUACGACCGGGACCAGAACGAGUUUUUCUUUGACCGCCACGCGCAGGCUUUCGUGUUCAUCAUGCUUUACGUGCGCUCCGGUAAACUCCGUUUUGUCCCCGGAGUGUGUGAGUUGUCCUUCUACACAGAGAUGCUCUACUGGGGACUGGAGAGCGUGCAUUUGGACUCCUGCUGCCAGAAACGCCUGGACGACAGGAUAUCCGAGAUCGGACUGGACACACUGUCCGAGGUGGACAUCGGUCUGUCGGGGGAUGAAUCUCAGAGCUCGAGCGCUCCGGUGCAACGGACUGCGCUCACCGGUCGUGCCAGAUGGCUCGAGAAGAUACGCAAGACAUUCGAGGAGCCCAACUCUUCGCUUUUGGCACAGCUUUUGGCUUCAGUGUCUGUGAUAUGUGUGCUGGUUUCCAUGAUAAUGCUGUGUGCCAGCACACUGCCGGACUGGGAUACAGCCAAGAAAAACAUUGCGGAGGAGCAAAGAAUCGUGGAGGCAGUGUGUAUUGGCUGGUUUACAGCAGAGUGCACAGUGCGCUUUCUGGUGGCCAGAAGCAAGUGGGACUUCCUUCGCCAGCCGCUGAACAUUAUUGAUGUGAUUUCCAUCACCCCCUACUAUGUCACCAUGGCGCUGGCCCAGGCCGGGAUGCCGGGUGCCGGGCUCGGGGUUGCUGGAGUGAUACUGCGGGUGCUGAGGAUGAUGCGAGUGUUCUGGCUCAUGAAGCUGGCCAGACACUUCCUGGGCCUGCAGACUCUGGGGCUGACGCUCACUCGCUGCUACCGGGAGAUGGUCAUGCUAAUGGUGUUUGUCUUCGUUGCCAUGGCAAUAUACAGCGCUCUGGCCCAGUUGCUAGAGUACGGCUUGGAUUUGGGAACGCAGAACCCGGAUUACGCCAGCAUACCAGCAGCCGCCUGGUGGGUCAUCAUCUCCAUGACGACAGUGGGAUACGGGGAUGUGUACCCUGUGACAGUUGGAGGACGGGUGCUUGGGGGAAUGUGUGUUGUGAGCGGCAUUGUUCUCUUGGCACUGCCCAUCACAUUCAUCUACCACAGUUUUGUACAGUGCUACCAAGAACUCAAACUCCGCUCUGCCAGAUAUGCACGCAGCAUGUCAGUGGAGCUACUGAAAUGAACAUGCAUUUAUACCCAAACACACAACAUCAGAAAGAAACUCAACAAACCAGAACUGCUGAUCUCAUUGUGAAAGUAGAUGGGCACUCAGAGAGAGCAGACUUUUGCCAAGGCCAUUUUCAUAAGUGAAAAACAAUGCGUGUAUCCGCCUCGUGAUUGGGAUCAAAAAUGUAAUGGAUUCUUUCUUGGCCCAUACUACACCCUUCCACCAAGUUUCAUGGAAAUCGGGCCAGUAGAUUCUCCAUAAUCCUGCUGACAAAACAAUAAACUGAACCGAAAACAUAACCCCCUCGGCGGAGGUAAUAAUAAUGAUCAACUUUGUGCCCAGCUGCCUUGUUUCCUGCCUGAGCUGCACUCAAUUUUAUCUGGACUGUCUAGUUUGUGCCUGUUGUGUUGAUGAUCUCCAAUCAUUGUCUUUAACCAGCAUGGUCUGCGCCUGUCUCCUUAACAACACUACUUGGACAGAAGAAUAGGAAUACACAAAUGAUUAUUUAAGCAAUAGCUCACGA